AUGACAAUUGAUCCAAACACAAUAUCGGCGGCAACUACUCCAUUUGCACUUAUCGACGACUACAGUGCUAUUAAAACCGAAAAGGAAAUCCUCUUUUCAAUGCAUACUGUUUUUCGUGUCGAUGAUAUCAAACAAUCAGUUAGCAAUAGUCGUCUGUGGGAAGUUCAAUUGACUCUCACCGGUGACAAUGAUCCACAAUUGGCUGCUCUUACUAAAACCAUACAAAAGGACCUCUAUGGAUCCACCGGAUGGCAUCGACUGGGUCAACUGAUGCUCAAAGUGGGUCACUUCAAUCAAGCUGAAGAACUCUACAAUGAAUUACUCAAGAAUGCUUCCAGCGACAGUGAUAGAGCACAUAUUUAUCACCAGCUUGGAUUUUUAAAAGGCAAUAAAGGACAAUAUCAAGAAGCAGUUGCGUUUUAUGAAAAAUCACUCGAAAUCAAGAGAAAAACUCUUUCGGAAGAUCAUCCUUCAUUAGCUAAUACCUACAACAACAUUGGUCUCGCAUAUAAGAACAUGGGUGACUACUCUAAAGCGGUGGAAUUCAACAAAAAAACCAUUAAAAUAAAAGAAAAAGCUUUAUCUCCGAAUGAUCCAGAUUUGGCUCUGUCCUACAACAACAUCGGUGGAAUGUAUAAGAACAUGGGUGACUACUCGAAAGCACUUGAAUUUUACCAAAACUCACAUAAAAUCCUCGAAAAAGCUCUGCCUUCGAAUCACCCUCGUUUGGCUACUUCCUACAACAACAUCGGUCUCGUGUAUAGCAAUAUGGGUGACUACUCGAAAGCACUUGAAUUUUACGAAAAAGAUCUCGAAAUCACGAAAAAAGCUAUGCCUCCGAAUCAUCCCGAUUUGGCUACUUCCUACAACAAUAUCGUUUUAGCAGUAUUAGACUUAGUUGUAUAUGAUACUAUUGUUGAUAGUAUUCAACAUGAAGGUGAUUAA